AUGGCUUCACCGCGAAAAUUCGUGUCCAUGCUAAAGCAUCUGUCACCUCGAUCACUGGAAAGUGCUACAUCGAAUGUUAGAGCACGUCCAAGUCCAAAAACUCCAAACAUUUGCAAAACAAAGAUAGAAGAUGAAAAGCUGUUGUCACCGUUCAAUAUUGAUACUCCUAACAGAGUUAAACUACUCAGGAACGGUCUGCCAAGGGAACAUCGUUCUGUGCUUGGAGCGGGUGCUUUCGGUACCGUCUACAAGGUACUUUAUAAAGGAAACCAAAUGGCAGCCAAAAUAAUUCCACGCAAACAAAACGACGAUGAAAUAAUAAACUCGGAGAGACAUGCGACUAUUUUGCGACACGCCAACAUUGUGAAAAUAUUGAGAAUAGAACAGGGCAGUAACUUGUCACUGAUAACAAUGGAACUAUGCGGCACGUCAUUGAAGGACAGGUUACAGGAAUCGGCACUGUCGAAAGAGAAGCGUGUCUCAAUCUGGAAAGACAUCGCUAACGCGCUUCAAUUCUGCCAUGAUUCUGGCGUGAUACAUGCAGACGUUAAAGCAACCAAUAUUUUAAUGGCAGCUAAUAGUCAAGCUAAGCUCACCGACUUCGGUAGUUCAAUACUAGUCGAUGAACCGCAUGUUUCAAUCAAGCUGCGAGGUACACCAGGAUAUGCAGCACCAGAAGUGCUUCGAGGAGAUGUACCUACAUUUGCUAUUGAUAUUUAUUCCCUAGGAAUUGUAGCCUGGCAAAUGCUCUCUCGAGAAGUACCUUUCCAAGGAUUACAUAUGCAUACUAUCAUAUAUAUUUCUGUAAAAGGAACACGUCCUGAAGAUAAAACUCUCGAUGACGAGUUUGAUGGAAAAUAUAAAGAAUUAUUCAGAGCCGCAUGGUCCCAGAAUAUUGCAGAUAGACCUUCGCUCCAUGAAAUAAUCAAUAGACUUAAUCUUUUGUAA